AUGCACAGAAUAAUUACCAAGUAUGCCCUCAACAUUGAAGAUUCGUUAUGCAGGGGUUCUAAACAGUCUAUUGGCAUGCGAGAAUUUCAGGAGUGUAUUCAACAAACUGAAUUGAUGGAUAUAAAUGCGCAUGGACUGCAGUAUACUUGGAAUCAAAAGCCUAGGAGUGGAGUCGGCUUAUUAAAAAAGAUAGAUCGUAUAAUGGGUAAUGUUACGUUUUUGGAUUUGUUUCCCUCUGCUUAUGCGUUGUUUCAUCCGUUUCGAGUUUCGGAUCACAUUCCUUGUAUCCUUAAAAUUCUCGGCUCUAAUGGGUCUCGGCCAAAACCAUUUAAGUUUCCGAACUUUAUUGCCACCAAGCCGGAAUUUAAGAGCAUUGUUACACUGGAGUGGACGAAGAGUGUGGAGGGGAUUGCCAUGCUUUCGGUUGUGAAGAAGUUAAGGAACUUAAAACCUAAGUUGAGAAAGCUCUUAUUCGAUCAGGGAAACUUACAUGUGAAAGUUGAAAAUUUGAGGAAGGAGUUAGAUGAAAUUCAGGCCUGGGUUGAUCGUAAUCCGUGGAGUGCGCAUCUGCGUCAAAGGGAAUCUCAAUGCCUUAAAGAUUUUCAAGUGGCUGCCUAUGAUGAGGAGUGCUUUCUGAAACAGAAAUCUAAGGUAGAAUGGCUCUGUGCAGGAGAUUCGAACACAAAAUAUUUUCAUAACAUUGUGAAAUCUAGGAAUGCUAGAGCUAGGAUUUAUAGUGUUAUGGAUACUAUGGGGGCGAGACAUGAGGGAGAAGAUGUUGCUGAUGCUAUGGUUAUGCAUUAUUCAAAUUUUUUGGGCAUGGAGGAUUCGGUUGAGACAACCAAUUUGGAAAACCUGUUUACUAGUGUUCUUAGUGACGAAGAUGCGGUGUACAUGAUUCGUCCGAUUACUCGUGAAGAGGUUAAGAAUGCCAUGUUUAGUAUUGGUGAGGAUAAGGCCCCCGGGGGGCAUGGUUUGAGCAAAAGAGAUGCCGGUGGUUUGAAAGAAUUGCAUCAUGAAACACGUGACAAGAAUCUCAUAUGUUCUAGCAAGGAGAGGGGCGACCUAGGCGAUUUGGGGUUUCUAGUAACCCUAAACGAUUUCAAGCAAUUUUCUUCGUCUGAAUUGAUAUUGAAUUGGUUUCUUGUCGGCGUUAAGGGUUUUGUGGCUGCAAACGCUUGCUUUGCUAAUCAGCUUGAUGGCGAUCAUUAG